UGUCCAAAGGCUUUCGUGGCGUGCGGACGUAUACCAGUGUGUUAUAGUGAAAUCAUUCCCUGUCAUCGUUACGGAGUCGCGUUUUCGCUAACGAACGCAUCACCGUAUCUUUUAUAUUCAAUGUGUAUGGCGAUUCAGUUUCCUAGUGAGUGCAUCCUCACAUACAUGGAGUUUCAUUUUAUAGUUUCCUAGUGAGUGCAUCCUCACAUACAUGGAGUUUCAGCUGGAUAGCGCAGAGUACUGCCAGGCUCAACACAAAUAGAGAGAUACGUCAAAGCAUCGUGGACAACACCACCUACCAUCAGGUAUCAUUUAAGCGUGGAGUGAAGGUUGGAAGGUAGGAAGGAAGGUUGGAAGGUUGGAAGGUUGGAAGGUAGGAAGGAAAGAAGAAAACAAACAAACAAACAUAUUGAGAUAGGUUAACAUCAUCCUGGGGAAAAGUGAUCGACGACGAUAUUCAAAGUUAUUUGAAUCAUCAUCGUAAAGUGUGUAUUGUUAGAGAGAAAGAAAGAAAAAUAAAAAUCAUCAGCUAGUCAUCACGCAAGACAUUAGAAGAAUUUAAUAGAAACAAUUGUUAAUUUACAUUAAUAAAUGCAAACGCCAUAGUCACCGAUUAUUAUUCGCGCCUGAUCCAGGAGCACUUUAUUGCCAAAUAGAUAAUCUUCCGAAUAUUAGUCGAAGAGAAAGAAGGAUACAUCCCAUUGGUGGGAAUAAUAAAAUCGCAUAUCAACACCGCCUAAUGUAACUUAGUCCUCACCAAUAUCCCCUCCCCUAAUCCUUCGUCGAAAUUCGCGUUCAACAAAUCAUCCCCUUUUUUUCCCUCCCCCUUAAAAUCUACACAUGUAAAACAUCCCAUUUUACUCCCAUCCCCUCGUCACUGUUCUGUCCUCUGUAAAAGAGAAAAGAAAAGAAGAACAGAAGAGAAGAAAAAAAAUAAUAAUUAAUAAUUAUUAACGACAAAACAAAAAAAAAAAAGAAGAUUUAACAAAGUAUUCGAUUAGUUAAAUGAAAAAAAAAAAUACAACUUUAUAAGACUGACAUCUAUGGGCUAAGUUGUUUCAAAUUUAAGCCCAGCUUCGCAUUACCGUGUGUGGCACAUUUUUUGCAAAAAAAAAAAAAGAAAAAAAAGAUUUCAACAAAAAAAAAAAAACGAAACAAGAAAAAAAACGGGAGAGAAAAAAAGGAUAAUUAAUAAGCACACACGUUAAAUAAGUGUGAGUGAGGAAAAAGAAGAAGGAGGAUAAAUUAAUACACUUGUAGUUGUAAGGAGGAAAUGAGCAACAUGAGGGUAAAGGAUAUCAGGCCGGCGCCCGCCGAGAUUGAAUACAAAAACAUGAAGUUCCUCAUCACUGAUCGGCCCAAUGAUCAGACCAUUCAUACUUUUAUUCAAGAACUGAAAAAGCACAAUGUGAGAGAAGUAGUGAGAGUCUGUGAACCAACGUACAAAGUUGAAGAACUUAAGACAGAAGGGAUCAAUGUCAUAGAUUUGGUAUUCGACGAUGGGACGUUUCCACCAAACGAGGUAGUCGAUGAAUGGUUCGAAUUAUUGAAAAAUCGAUUCCGUGAAACACCUGAUGCUUGUGUAGCGGUACACUGUGUAGCAGGACUCGGCAGAGCACCUGUAUUAGUUGCCCUAGCUCUCAUCGAAUUGGGUCUCAAAUACGAGGAUGCUGUUGCUCUGAUCAGAGAGAAAAGGCGAGGCGCUAUUAAUGCAAAACAGCUGGCCUACCUUGAGAAGUAUCGUCCCAAAUCGCGAUUGAAGCUCAAAAAUGGACAGAAAAAUUCUUGCUGUAUUCAGUAGAUUUAAACUAAAUAAAAUCAACAAAAAUAUAACAAAGUAAACAAAAAAAAAAGGUAAUAAUAAUAAGGAAAAGGAUAACGGGAGGAAUUAAAAGAGGAGAAGAAAGAAAAGUUAAAGGAUAAACAAAACAAAAUAAAAAUAAAAUAAAAUAAAAUAAAACAAACAACAACAACAAAAAAACGAUCUUUUUCAAAUGAACUUUAAAAAUAAUAUUCAUACUGAUUGGUAUACUUAAAAUUGUAUAUGGGUUUCCUCGCCUGAUAAAUAAAACAAGUGACAUUGUACCCGACACUCUUUCAAAUGGCCUACCAGUGGAAAUGCAACCAAACAUGAGAGUCAUUGCCAAUGGGCGAUGUUUAAAUACCAUCCCACGUGUCUAAAAUAAG